UGCUGCAGUGUGGUCAUCCUGACGCAUGGUGGCGCUGUGAGAAAACCUGAGGAAAGUUUCUACUGAAACAUCCGGGGUUGUGCUUGGGCUGUUCAACGGCUCCGUGAAUUUCUGGUGUUUUUAAUGAAAUGAAAUGACAUGGAAUGAAGACUGUUAAAGCUGUCCUCAACUCAGUGCUGUAAUUAUAAACAACGAAAUUACUCUUCGUGCCAUGUUUAAGCGCUGGAGCCGUGUGAAGAAGUUUGUACACUUCUGAAGUAAAGCUACACGUUUAUCUGGAGAAUAAUAAUUCACCUAGCCGCUGUAGCCUAGCUGGAAUGAUGGAAGUCGGAGUCUCAAGGCAGCAGGACACUAAGGAUCCUCUUCUACUGCCCUCUCUGCGCCUCCUGGUCCCACCUCUGCGACUCAUUUCUGCAGUCCUGUGGCGGAUUGUGCAGCAGCAGGAUGUAAUGCAGUACGGGAUGCUCGCAGAUUUUGUUUCAUUGGUUACUGAAGCUGUACCGGAGCUCUUUAGUCCCACGCAUGCUGUUGAACUUGUUCUGGGUCUGCGAGCAAAGCUAAUUUUGGAGCUGUGCUACAGGGAUGAAACAGUGGACACACGUUUAGUCCAGCCUCAUCUCAACAGCAUUCAGCUGGUUCUUCCUCUGGUCAAACAUGUGGACAGCACGGAGGUAGAAGAGACAGGAGUUCACUUUGUGGAACUGGUUCAAACACUCAUCAAAGACACUGAUCAGAGAGAACACUUCUUCCAGAAUGUGUUUCCAGUGGAGUUUGGACCCAGCUAUGACUCUGCCCUUCAGACACUGAUGUGGGACUUCCUGUCCCGACUGGAGCACUUCCUGCCAGUGCCAGACCUCCUUCAGACUGUGGCCUGGCUCAGAUCUGAGUCUUCUGCUUUAAAAGACUGUGAGGAAUCCAUCAGCAACCCAGAUAGCUUGAGAUCACUGCUCCUUCACCAUAAGUGCCUUGGACAUCUGGACACUUGUGCCUCCUCAUCGUUGCCGAGAAUUGGUGACUGCAUUCUGACUGCUCUGUCUGGCAAGAGAACCCGAGUGGCUCAUGUGAACUCGGGUGAUAGUCUCAAUCCUCCUGCUCCCAGUGAGAUACCUGUGUGUGUAAUGGACGGAACCGAUGUUGAGACUGUUGUGGUCACAUCCGAAUGGACGGAGUUUGAAUUACAUGCAAACCAGACUGGAGAGGACAAUAGUGAGGAUGGUGAUAAUUUACCCCCUGCUGCUGACUGCGAUCAGAGGGAGUCACGGUCUAAUGGAGACCCUGAGGAAAGAGAAAUCCGGACUGAGAAGCACACUGACCCUGAGAAUUAUUUAGGAGAAUCUGCACUGACGCACAGCAAACACGAUGAUUCUGUAGGUUGCACUGAACACAGGACUGCAGAAGCAGAACAACUGGAACGUAAUGCUAAGGAGAGACUGAGUCUGUCCCGUAGCGUCACACCUCCUCUGGAGUCUGCACUCACUGUGCCUGUAAGCGCUGCUGAUGGAGCUGCCGUAUUCACCAUCCCCGCCGGCACCCGCAGAUCAGCUCGAAAGCCUAAGAAGACUUGGAAGUUGAAAUUGGUUAGCCUCCAGAAGCAGAAAAGAAAACCUGGCGUGAUAACCGGACAAAAUCGAGAGAGAACACCUCUUGCACCUAUGAGAAACUCUGGAACUGUCACAGAGGUAGAUGGAGAACAUAUGACCUCAGAUAACAGGGAUGCUGCUGAGCUGCCUGUUUCUCCUGGUCUUGUCACAAGUGACGGAAAUACAGAGCUCUCCUCAAAGACAUUCUCCUGCCCUCAGUGCCCAUUUACACACAUUCAGGAGCGAUAUGUGAAAAGUCACAUGAAAAAGGUCCACCCGGUUUCAUCAGCGACUGAGAAAGAGCCCCAUGUGUGCCAGGUGUGUGGCAAAGGCUACCGCUACCCAGGCAUGCUGAAGGCGCACGAGCGCAGCCACACAGGCGAGCAGCCCUUCCAGUGUACAGCGUCCCACUGUGGCCGCCGCUUCUCCUACAUUCAAGCACUGCGGCGCCAUCGUUUGGUACACAGUCUCAAAAAAAACCCUCAAACCCCCCCUGGUGAGCCUCUUCAGGAAGCUGAGCUCAAAAAAGGUGAACCUCAGAACGAUGAACCCUGGAUGUACACCUGCCUCUAUUGCAGCGAGAGCUUCAGCUCGCUCAGUGCUCGCCGCGAGCACCACAAGACACAUCCCGAGGAUGAUUUGAAGCGCUGCAACGACUGCGGCAAGAGACUGAGCUGUCAGGCAGCGCUAAUCAGGCACAAGCGAGGCCACGUGGGCGAGCGGCCGCACAAAUGCCUGCUCUGCAGCUCCAGCUUUGUGUGCGCUACAAGUUUCAAGCGCCACAUGCUUGUGCACCAGCCCGAGAGGCCGUACCGCUGCAGCUGCGGUAAGGGCUUCACAUACAAAGGCGCCCUACUCUCCCAUCAGCGGACUCACACAGCCGAGAGACGCUACAGGUGUUCUCGCUGCAGCAGACGCUUCCUCUACCCCGGAGAGCUGAGAAAGCAUGAGAGGACACACUCGGACGAGAAACCGUACCUGUGCCCGCACUGUGGCAAGAGUUUUAAGAGAGAGAGGAUCCUCCGUGCACAUGUAGCCGGCCACACCGAGGACAAAAUCUUCAAAUGUUCCUUAUGCAACAAAACGUUCGCAUAUAAAGCGAGCCUGACCAGACACGAGCUCACUCACACAGGCGAGAGGCCAUUCCUCUGUUCAGACUGUGGCAAAACCUUCUUUUCAUUCGGGGAGCUGCUGAAACACCAGCGCUACCACACAGGGAUCAAGCCAUUCCAGUGCUCACACUGCGACAAGAGCUUCACGCAGGCCUGCUACCUGCAGCUGCACACCAGGUACCACACAGGAGUGCGACCCUACACGUGCCCCCAGUGCAGCAAAAGCUUCUUCACUUCAUGCCGCCUCAAGAGACACAUGCAGAUCCACACAGACGAGAAGCCAUUCGAGUGCACUGAGUGCGGCAAGAGAUUCAGGCAGGCGUAUGUGCUGAAAGUGCACCGGCGCACUCAUUUGGAGAAAGAACUGAGAGUUUAAUGGAUGAGACUUUGUUUUGACUGUUUUUUUGUAGUUAAUAAUAAUGAAGCUGACUACUUUUUGUUACAUUUUCAUUGCAAAACUGAUGCACUUUCAGUACAAAUCAGUAAAUAAAUUUCCUUUUCGGUCAGCAA